AUGGACAACAUUUCUGAACACGAAAUAAAAAUGAGAAGUCAAUACUUUGAAAUAAUUGACAAUAUCGUCAUAGAAAUGAACCGAAGAUUUAAGCAAACAGAACUAAUUGAAGCAGUGGAAACCUGUAAUCCAAGCUCCAAAAUGUUUUUAGACAUUGACACACUUAUAAAAUUGCCAGGAAUUUCUACAGAUAAUCAAUUUAUUGAAAAGUUGAGAGCACAAUGUGAUUUAGGAAAAAAAAUGUUUGCUGCAGAUUCAAAUUCUAUAGAAGCCUAUUUAUCAAUUAAAAGCAUGGGAGCAUCAUUCUUACAGCUAGAAGAAAUGUACAGACGAAUUUUAUUUAUUCCAAUUUCAAGUGCUACAGCUGAAAAGAGUUUUUCUACAAUGAGGAGAAUAAAAACGUAUAAUAGAUCGACCAUGACCGGAAAACGUUUACACAACCUAGCUCUGCUAUCGAUUGAACGAGAAAAAAGUGAAGAGUUAAUACAAAAUCCAGACGAAAUUUUAAAUGAAUUUGCUAGUAAUAAGUUAAGAAGGUUAAAUUUUUCCAUGUAA